AUGCGAAAGUCUCGAAGCAUAGCCGCUAGACUUGACCACAUUCAAGGUACAGUGAGAGAGAUGAUACAGGAUUCCUCGACUGAUAGAUCUCAACAAUCCCAAACUGAGGGUAGGGUUGUCAUCGGAGGGCAGGGCAAAAGCAAUUAUGUGGGAGCUACACACUUCAUGACAGUCCUUGAUGACUUGGAAGACCUUAAGAACUUCUUUGAUAAUUCAGAUACCGAAGAUGAGGAUAUAUUGAGCUCGACUUCCAGCCCAGAAGAACGCAACCUUGACAGCUUUCUCCUAUCUCAGGGUGCUUUCAAGGGGAAGCACGACCUCCUAAGUAUUUUGCCGCCUUUCCAGGUUCUCAAUAGCCUUGUGAUGCACUAUUUUGCCUCCCGGGCUCCUUCAACUGUUGUCAUUCAUCGCCCAAGUUUCAAUAAACAGUACCGAUCGUUUUGCCGGAAUCAGGCUGGGGCCAGCUAUGAAUUUCUGGCCCUUAUCUUCAUGAUUCUAGCGGAGGCCACUCUCUUCUCUAGUUCUUUCUCUUUUGAGGAUAUCUUAGCUGAGAGACAGACUCGCCCAACGGCCCGUGUGAAAGCUUAUCGCUCCGCGGGAAUUGCGGCUUUGACUGCAGCCAACUUUACAUCGCCCUCAUUAGAGACAAUGGCGCCCAUGCUACUGCAUCUUGAGGCGGAAUUCGUUCUCAGUCGUUCUACUCCAAUAAGAUGCUAUCUACUAAGCUCAACAUGCAUUCGUCUGAUGCUACGAUUGGGGCUUCAUCGUGAUCCUUGUCACAUGCCCAAUAUCAGCCCUUUCUCAGGCGAAAUGCGCCGGCGUAUGUGGCAUUUCGGUCUACAGAUUGAGAUGCUAGUCAGUUUCCAGAUGGGGUUGCCAAACAUGGCCAAUGGUGUUGAGAGUGAUACAAAACUGCCCAGAAACAUAAGUGAUCAGGAUCUGAAAGAAGACCUGGAUGAAUUGCCACCUAGCCGGCCUGAUAGCGAGACUGCCCCUCUCACUUAUUUUAUCUGGAAAACUACAAUUGGUCAGAUCUUCUGCUCUGUCGCGAAGAAAACAAACUCCCCUGAACCCAUGAGCGACACUGAGGUGAUGCGCCUGGACCGCAAGUUGGAGGAUGUAUGGGAGCAGGCACCUUCGUUUCUGAAGGUCCGACCGCUGGAGGAGAGUAUCACUGACGACCCGCUACUUGUGAUGGAGCGGUUCAGCUUGGCGUCUGUGUACCAUAAGUCGCAAUGCGUCCUCCAUCGAAACUAUCUGCUGAAGAAGGGCUCAGGGAAUGCCUAUAGUUAUUCCAGAUCUGUUUGCCUUCGAGCGGCUCUUAGACUUUUGGAGUGCCAGAAAAUGCAUUUCGAAGCCACAAGGCCAGGAGCCAUGCUGUUCCAAUUCGCAUGGUUUCUGCGGCCGAUUCUCAUGGGCGACUUUCUUCUCGCUGCAAUGAUCGUUUAUAUCAGCCUCCAGCUCCCCUCGAGCACGGAGACUACGAACGGGAAAUCCCUCGACAAGCCGGAACUCUACCGUAUUUUUGAGGAAUCGCUUUCGAUUUGGAGGAGCAUGGCGCAAGACGAACCUAGCUACCGAAAAGCGGCAAAUACUGUUUCCAAAAUGCUGGGCAAGGUGGAGAGGUACCGUGAGCCUGCGGAAACGAGUGAUCUCCAUCCACACGGAACCAUGGGUGAAAUCAACAAUUCUUGGACAGAUGGGGAGGCUGACGUCCAUUUUGCAAGCCAACAUCAAGCAGAUGCCAACUCUAUGGGGAUCAUGUUAGAUCCUCGAUUAAAUAUUAGGCAGAUGUCGAUUCAACACACGAACGACCUCGACUUUGAUCCCUGGUUAUCAUCAUCCGAUGAAUCGUUUAGUUGGCAAAAUCUCGACGAUUUCAUGCGCCUAGACGGCGACUCCCAGACUUGGGGAAUGGACGAGCUUAGCCCUGACUCUCUUCCGUCUUAA